UUAGUCUGUGGCCGAAAGAAGGCAGAGAGAAAAAGAUAUAUUUCAUGGUGUUGUGGGUGACACAUACGUAGUUAAAAUUUAGUGUAAGUUAAAACACAUUGGCACCAACUGCAGGGAUAUGGAAUCAAUGGAAUAUGAGCUCGCUAGGAAUCUCACUCUGUUAUUCUUCGUGGAACGCCUGCUCGAUAAAGGCGAGCCGCGCACGUUACACGAUCUUUCCUGCCAGUUUGGUGCCAAAGGAUUCACUAAGGAGAUGCGGCAGAUAGCUGGCGGGUCACAGUCGGGGCUCAAGAAGUUCCUGGCCCAGUACCCAGCGUUGUUCAGCAUAGACGGGGACUAUGUUGAUAUCAACACGUUCCAGAAGCAUCUAAGCGGGGCUGGGGUGUCCUCCAAUAAUGAUUAUAUCGAGGAAGCCAAGCAGUACUUCGCUGGCAAGAUGAUCCAAUACGGUGAAGGCACUGAAGUGCCCAUCAAGAGUCUCCUCGGUCACAGGAGCCAGGCCUCCCCGCAGGUGCGUCACAUCUCCGGGCAACGCAUCAAGGAGUUCAAAGAGUUCCUCAUGAAGCACCCUGAUACGUUCCAGAUCAUAGAUGACAAUGUUGUUCUAGUCAGUGAGAAUCAUAGGAGAGAUAACGCACACACCAACUCUGAACACUUCCAUAAUCUACCAGUUGCCAACAUCAAUACUGACACUGCCCAACAGCUUCUAGACUACAUUGCGCAGUGCAUUGAGGCCAAGGGCCCUGUGAUGGUUGAUCAGCUCUUCCAUCUAAUUGUGUCACGCUUCCCACAAGAAUACUGGUAUCAGAUGUUUAAGUCUCCGGCUGAUUUAAGUGCCUUUUUGAAGUUGUUCUCUGAUAGUUUUCAUGUACAAGCAAACCUUGUCACCCUAAUUAGCAAACCAAAAAUACCUGUUAUGUAUCUUAAUGUGAAACCAAAAGUAAAGACUGACACACCAAAGCCUAUGGCAGAAGAGAAAGCCCCUUCUCCUGCUCCCCCAGUGGCGGUUAGUCCUACUCCCUCAGAUGGCAAACAGAGCCCUGCAAACAGAAUACUCAGUCCCAUAGAAUCUCCCCGCGGUCAACAAUCCAAUAUCGCUAAUCAAACACUUAAACAAAGAAUCAAUUCUAUUGUAAUUAAGAAUUUGGCUGAAAAUAUGGUCAGAGAUAGGGUAAAUAAUCAUUUGAAUGCAAGAAACUCUGAAGAAACCAAUGGUACUCCAAGUUUGAGGAAUACUGUAGUAGGUGAUGUAUGGAGACAAAAAGUUCUGCAAUGCACCACAGUCAUAACCAGCGUUAGAGAAUGUGCAACUUUAAUUGAUAGCAUUAUGGCUCCAAAACGCAAUGCCAAAAAUAUAGUCUCCUUUGAUUGUGAAGGAAUAAACCUGGGUCUCAAGGGAGUGUUGACAUUGUGUCAAAUAGCCACUCUGAAUGGUGAGGUGUACACAUUAGAUAUAAUGACAUGCCCAGGUAUGAUAAAUGAAGGAAAAAUUAAAGACCUAUUAGAAAGCGAGCAUGUCAUUAAAAUUAUUCAUGACUGCAGAAAUGACUCUGUUAAUUUGUACAAUCAAUUUGAGAUCACAAUGAAGAAUGUGUUUGAUACACAGGCUGCCCAUGCUGUGUUGCAAUUACAACAACAGGGUGUGCCUGUUUACAAAGUUAAGAAUCUUAGCUUGAAUGCUCUAUGUGAACUAUACAAUGCUCCAAUGAAUCCAAUGAAAGAACAAUUAAAGAACUUGUACCGUAGGGAUCAAAGAUACUGGGCCCGCAGACCUCUUACAAAAGAUAUGAUAAUUUAUGCUGCUUCAGAUGUGCUUUCUUUAGUAAACCCUGCAAUAUAUGCUUAUAUGUCAUCUAAUAUUAUGCCGGAAAACCAACAACUUUUUGAAGAAUUAAGCAAUGAGCAAGUGUUUAUGCAUAUUCAACCCACAGAAGUUAAACUUCGCAAGAGACAAAGAAAAAUUAACACAGAAGUGGGUGAGCUAAAACAGAAAUUGGCAGAGAGCACUAAAAAUAUUGUGUUGAGCAAUAGGGAGAUACGAUUACUCCGAUAUUUAGAACUUACAGAAGAAGAAAAAGAAAAAUUAAAAGGUUGUCACAAAAUAUCUAAGAAACUAGAGAAAUUGGAAGCAAUUGGGCAAGAUAGAGACUCUGAUUCAGAUGAUGAUGACAGGGAGAAUGAGAUGGCUAGCUUGGAUUCUAACCCCUCAGACCCAAUUUCGUCACCCCAUUCCACACAACCACCCAGCCUCACAGAGUCAAUGCAAAUGAUGGAUGAGAUCUUGUCGGACACCAACAUGGAUAAGGUUGAAAAGAUAAAUCGCUUAGAAGCUAUAUUAUCAGCAGUGGCUCCCCUCAGUGGGGAACUGGAAGAGAAAUUCUCACAGACAAUGGAACAAACAUUACCACUGCUAAAAAACAAAGAUUGGUCAAAUCUGAGCCAAAUUCUGAAUAUGGGAGACACAGAAAACAAGAAUUGUUGCUGCAAAUGCCAUAACGGUGGUUUUGAAGAGGUGAAAUGCAAUGACCUAAAUGAAUUGAAAAAAUCAGAGGUCGGAUCACAAACUCUUAGCACUGGAGAUAUAGUCAUCACAAGAAUACAUUUUAGGGAGGAGGACAAGGUUAAUGAGAGGGUUGUGGAUGCGUCCCCAAUGAGUAAAAGGGUUGGUAUAAACAAUAUGUCUUGAUGAUACUCAGGAUUACUUAAUACUUCCAUACCAUUACCAUACUUGUACUAUUUUACUGAGUGCCACUUUAGUUGCAAACUCAUUUUUGUCUUUUUUUGUGAUCAAUGUUUUUAUUUAGUAGUCUUUAAGUUAACUUAAAAGUAAUGAACGCAUAGCCCUCGCCCGAUUAAUACUGACGAGGGUAAUGGUGCAGUUCUGAGAUGGGAGUUAAUGAAACUUAUUCUGAGGUCAUGCUUUACGAGGUGUAUUAACGCCAAUGCUGUGUGUUUAUUUAAGCGAAAACAAGCAUAUACACUCGAAUAAAUGCAACCGUAACUAGCAUAAUACAAAAACAGCUACUCAAUUCCUUCAUCUGGAAAUGACAGUAUUUGCUGUGUGUAGUAUAAUAUCCAAUGUAUUUUUUAAUUUAUUUUCGGCUAUUGCCCGUGAAGCGUCCCAAAUCUGUAUGUGAUAGAUUUCAAGGCCUUUAUCUUUGAAUUGUAAAUAAGAUAAACGCAGUUCGGAGCUUGCAUAAUCUUUUUGUUCUUUAAAUUUUUAUUGUAAUCAUGAUACGUUCGUUAUGAUCAUAAGGCGUUCGUAUCGUACACAAAUGGCUUGUAUAGUAAUUAUACAACUUCGUAUUUAUUUUAUUGUAAAACGUUCAGUACCUACUAGGUAUCAUAAUUGAACACGAAGAGAAUGGCAAUAAUAGUUGUAUAGGUACAGUGAACAUCUUUCCUUGUAACAUAUUUAUCUAACAGAUAUAUUUUGUAAGUUUAGGAAUUUUAAAAGCCUUUAACAAAUAUUUAAAUUUAAAAAGGUAAUAGGGUUAUGUACGUAGCGUUACAAAAUAAAUGAGAAUUUUAUAUUGUACGUAGUCUUGGUGCUUGGAUUAUGUCGGUAUUUCUUUUAUUACGUAGAUUACUGAUUUGUUUUGUUUAGAACGAGAUUUUGUAGUCGAAGUAGAGAGCAAUUAAAUAUUUGUGAUGUGAUAACCGAUAAGUUUUAGCUAUUCUUAACAUUUUGUGCCUUCAAGUCAUAUCGGACGUUUGCCUUGAUGAAAUUUUGAAGUAGAAAAUUUAUAUCGUAUUUAGAGAUGUUAUUUUUUUUGACACUUAGAUUUUUAAAACGAAUGUCACUUUUUACUACCAUUAAGCAAAGGGAAAUACCAUUAGAUAAAACUAUUUACACUAAAAGUUUUUAGAAUCUUAUUAAUUUAUUCACGAUCAUGUGGGUGAAUCGUUUUCACAUCAAUUAUUCCUUUGUCAAUUUAGUAGCAUAGUUUGUUCAAUGGUCUUUCGAGACAUUGUUGAGAUAGGGUAGAAUUUGAAAAAUAAAAAAAUACGAAAUUUUAUU